CCCCCUCCCCCCCCUCCUCCGCGCGCGCGCGCGCUCGCUGACACCCCCGAUGGGUCCGGCGGACGAGCACGCGCCCGCCCCCGCGCCCGCCCCGGCCCCGGCCCCCGCGCCUGCGGCCGGCUCGUCGGGCGACCUGGACGGCAUCGCCGGCGACCUGGACCCCGACUCCGGCACCGGGUCCGACGAGCUGGAGUCCGACACGGAGCCGGGCGACCGGCUGGCGGAGCUGCUCUCGCCGCCGGGUGUGCCGGCCUCGCCGGGGGCGGCCCGGCCGCCGGGGGACGCCCCGGGCGCGGCCGAGCACCACCCGGGCUCCGAGAAUGACGAGGCGUCCGAGUACUUCGAUGCGCCCUCCUCGCGGCCGCCCCCCCGGCGGGUGACGCUGCCGGCGUGCACGCACCUCCCGGACGACCUGGUCCGGCAUCUGCUGCUGACGCACCCCUUCCCGCCGGAGGCCGCGUGCAUGGGGCUGCUCCGGCUCCGGAAUGGCUCCCACUCGCCGGGCGGCGCGCCGGACCAGCAGCCGGUGCUGGUCCUGCCGAUCGCCCGGCCGGCCGACGUGGCCGGGAUCUCCUACCGCCGGCUGCUGGUCCGGCGGCAUGUCCUGCUGGGCCUGGCCCCGGCCCCGGCGGCCGGGGCCCCGGUCCCGGUGACCAUCCUCCAGCCGGAGGACCGGGCCCAGCCCGCCUUCGAGGCCGGGUGCCUGCUGGUCGAGCGCGGCCACACGGCCGACGGCCACUCGGUCGGCACUAUGUGGCCUCGAGGCCGGACGGCCAGAACAUGUGCCGCUUCCUGGACUUCCACUCCGGCUCGGCCGGCCUGGCCAUUGACCAGCCGGAGGAGCCGAUCUUCAUCCUCCGGGACCUGACCGUGCCGGUGGUCGACUCGUCGCUGCUGUCCGAGCUGUCGGAGGCGUACAGCGCCGAGUCGCUGCCGGGCGGGCAGGCUGGGCUGGCGGCCGCGGCCGCGGCCGCGGUCGCCGGCCACGGCCGCGGCCUGCCCCCCUGCGAGGAAGCCUCCUCGCCCCUGGAGGCCGGCGAGCGGCCGGUGUCGCUGCCGGAGGCCCGGCGCCUGUGGCGCGCCCUGGUCGAAGCCACGCCGCUGCUGCUGGACACCCGGGUGGCCGGCCGGCUGAGCCCGUGCCCCAGCCGGCGCCUGCGCGUGCUGGUGGUGGACCAGUCGCUGCCCGGGUCGGACUUGGUGUCGCUGGCGGUGUCGGCCGGCGGGCCGUUGGAGGCGGCCGGGCCCGGGGCCGCGGCCGCCGAGACCCGGGCCCUGGCCGCCCCGGCCGCCGGGUCCCUGUCCCAGAGCACGGCCGGGCUGCUGAGCUGGGCCACCGGCCUGGCGAUGACGGCCAUCGCCCAGUCGCUGCCCCGGGCCCCGGGCGCUGAGGGGUUGGGAGAGGCGCCGGGCGCCGGGGCCGGCACCGCGGCCGCCUCCCUGUGGACCAUGCUCACCGGGGCCCGGGCCACCCCGGCGGCCCCCGCGGCCGAGAGCCACGCGCUGGUGGACACGGCCGUGCCGGGGCCCGGGCCCGGGCCCGGGGUCGAUCCCCCGGGGGAGGGGGCCGGCGGCGCGGAGAGCGACCCCGGCGACAUCCGCCCGUCGGCCGGGUCGCGGCCCGCAUCCCCCACCGGCGAUGCGCCUCCCCCUGGGGCCGAGCCGGCGGCGGCGGCGGCGGCGGCGGCGGGCACUUCGGCCAGUCCGCCUGGCCAGGUCGAUGUGCCGGACGAGUCGCCGCUGGUGCGUCCGCCCGGUGUGGUCUCCCUGCCGCGGCCCACGGGGGCCGAUGUGGCCGGGGAGCUGGAGCGCCUGCUGCCGGCGGCGCCGGCCUCCGCGCGGCUGCACCUGGCCGCCGGGCGCUUCUACCUCCGGCAGGAGGCCGGCGACUUGGACACCCGGCUGGAGAUCGCCCAUGCGGAGCUCCUGGCCGCGGCGGCGGUCAUCCUCCACCCGCCGGCCUGGGCCGAGGCCCUGCGGCCGCAAAUCGCCCGGCUCCACCGGGGGUCGGUCAUCGACGUGACCGAGCGUCUGAUCUACCUGCAGGUUCCCUGCGCCAGCGUCUUCGCCCCGGUGGCCGAUCGCCGGCUGGACGCGGCCCUGGAGCGGGCGUGCUUCGUGCUGUUCGGCGCGCGGGAGCCCUGCGCGGCGCCGGGCUGCGCGUGCGGCCGGGCCCGCGCAUCGGCCGCGGCCCUCGGCUUGCCGGUCCCCCGGCUGCCGGGGCCCGGGCGCCUGGCCGCCGUGGCCGCCGGCCUGUCCGGGCCGCAGCUGGAUGCCGCGCUGGCCCGGUGGACCGAGCGCACGGUGGCCACCGCGGCCGGGGCCAUCCUCCGGCAGCUGGUGGCGCACCCCGGGCCCCGGGACAUCUGGCACCGGGGGCCCUUCAGAUCCCCGGCCGACGUGGCGGCCGUCUGCGCCCUGGCCUGUUCCGCCGUGUCCGAGGCCAUCUGCACGGCGCCCCAGAGCGUGGUGCUCUUUUUGCGGCAGCUGGCCGCCACGGCCGAGGGCGGCCGCAGCCCGGACAUCUCGGAGGCCGACCUGCCGCCCCUGUCGGCCUCCGGCGCCGAUGACCUGACCCCGGGGCUGAUCUACGCCCUGGGGCUGGUGGCCCGGCCGGACGUCUGCCCGGCGGCCGUGGUGGCUCGGCCGGCCGAGGCGCCCCCCGCCGACGCCCUGCCGGCCCUGUGUGCCGAGCACUGCGCCCCGGAGCCGGCCGAUCCGCCCGCCACGCCGGGGGCUCUGCUGGAUUGGGCCCCCUCGCCGUCGGCCUCGGCCUCGGAGCUGUCCUUCGACGUGUCGAUGGCCGAGGUGGCGGCGGCACGGGCCCGCGCGGCCUCCCUCCUGGCCGAGCCGCCUGGCGAGGGCCGGGGCUCGGGCCCGGGGGACCCGUCGCCCCCCGGGCGCCUGGCCGUGGUUAGCUACGCGCGCUUUGCCCAGCGCUCGCGCUCGCUCCAGCGCGUGUCCGAGUGCGGUCGCUCCGGGGCCGGCGCCUACGGCGCGUGCAUGGUGGAGUCCGCCGCGCUCUACCUGAUCGAGCUGGCCGCGGCCGGGCCGGCCUCGGUGGCCGAGACACUCGGCCUGGAUGCCGCUUCCGAGGAGGGCAGGCGCCUGGACCGCGCCUGCGCCGCGCGCGCGCGGCUCUGGGACGCCUCGACCCCGGCCCCGAGCCGGCCGCCCUCGCCGGGCCGCGGCCGCGACCACGACCACAAUGACGACGAGCAGGCCUUCGAGCGGCUCUGCCGCGACCUGGCCCGGACGGUGGUCUCCUCGCUGCUGGUGUCGGCCUUCUCGCGGUCGGUGGCCCGCGACCGCGAGGAGCGUUGGCAGGAGCCGCCGGCCGCGCCAAAUGAAUGUGGGAGCCCUCCGGCGCCCGGGGAGCAGUAACCACAGUGGCCGAAUAUAUAAUAUAUACACACAUA